CUCCCUGCCGACCAUGCAGUGACACAGAGGUCCUCUUGGCUGUCUGCACUAGUGAUUUUGUAAUCAGAGGCUCCAUUCAAAACGUAACGAACAUGGCAGAAGAGCAAGAAUCCAUCAUUCAUGUUGGUGUCAACAAACUGUACAGGCAGAAGAGCAAAGUCUUCCAGCUCACGGGGGAGAGUGGGAACUGGCGAGGACAGAUCAAGACCCUGCUGGAGUGUGGGGUGAAACCAGGAGACGGAGACUUCCUUUUCACGGGCCGCAUGCACUUUGGGGAGGCCAGGUUAGGCUGUGCCCCCCGUUUUAAAGACUUCCAAAGGAUGUACAAAGAGGCAAAAGACAAAGGGCUAAACCCAUGUGAGAUUGGCCCAGAUUGAAAUCCCCUAUUUGGCUGGAGAUUGCCUUUAGCGUUUGACCGGGAAUAUUUCCUGGCCACAGUGAAAACUCUGAACAAAAUGGGUAACUGAGAGUAUGGACAGAUCUGGAGCGCGGGCUGAGACCCCGCAGGACACGUCUGCAGCCUGCGGGGCUGUGAGACUGAUGGAAGCAACAGAGGUACGAGCUCAGAAGGCUGCCAAGCGAGCAAGGCUGGAUUUUUAACCAAUCUUGUCCUUAUGAAUUAAGUUAUUAUAUUUUUUUAGUGACUUCCUUAGGAAAACAAACAAAGAAAACUCCCAUGUCUUAAUAAAGAAAACAAAACCCAAAUGAAAGCCAACAUGCCUUUGUAUCUUUUUAAUACUAAUUUUUAAAAAUGUCUUAAGCUGAUGUAGCAUUUGGUAUGGCGUAUUCUGUAUAAAUGGGGGACAAUGUGAUAGAGCACGGUAAAACAUCUUAACAUUGAUGCUUUGUAAAAAGCUUGGUGUACAAUUCAAAGUUGUUUCUUAUGACAGAAAUUUAUGGAGCCAAACUUGUGUGUGUGUGUCGUCUUUUUUUUUUUUUUAUUUGAAAGAAUGUACAAUUGCCGCCUGCAAUUUUUUGUCCAGGCUGGCAAAUUCUUUCCAUUCCAGAGAAAUAAAGGUCCCUGGAUUUGA